AUGGUGCCGGAAAAGCUUUCUUUAUGGAUUCGACUGCUAAUCGUUUUUUGUGAAUUCUGGUUGGUUACGGCAGAGCAUUGGAACUAUGAAAACACCAACUGGAAUGAUUUAUGCGAGUAUGGAAAGCGCCAGUCACCAGUGAACCUUGACCUAUCAAAAGUCGUAGUUACACACGAGAGACCGCUCGAAUUCCAUCACUACGACAUCGAGGAUCACAUCGAAGUAACUAACAAUGGCCAUACAGAAGUUGUCCAAGGUUUUCAAUCAUGGACUGAGAGACCGUAUAUUAGCGGAGGUGGCCUGCACGGAAUUUAUUAUUUGCAACAGUUUCAUUUCCACUGGGGUACUUCUGAUCUUACUGGCAGUGAACAUACGUUGGAUCUUCUUCAUUAUCCUAUGGAGUACAGAAGUAGACCUGCUGCCGUUGACGUUAGCGGAGUCUGGCGUGGUAGAUGGCUUGUUCCAACCUUCAUCCGAGAGACUCUUCAAACUACGCUGGUCUGGGGACCUACGCGCAAUGUGACAUGUGAAAAAGCGGGACUGUUUUCUCUGCCCGCAUUUACGCAGUGCUACGAGAUGUAG